UCCCACAGAGCGGAGGUCUCACAGAGCACUGUUUGGUCUGUCCAACUCUGAGGGCUUUUUAAUAGCCACUGACAUGGCAUUCACCACCUUUUGGUUAACAGGAAUAUGCUUAUUUGUAUCUCUUGGCAUGACUUCAACAUUGGGUAUUAUUGUCACAAAGGAUUUGAGGAAAGUCCCCUGUCAGGUGGAGAAGAAUGACACAGCCAAAACGAUUACAUUUGACUGCUCAAGACGAGGCCUAAGGAAAAUACCAGAUGGAAUCUGGAAAAAUGUCACCUCUUUAAUCUUGGCUGAUAACAAAAUAGGGAACGUAUCUGCAGUCAACUUCACAGCUUCCGACGAAAAACAUUCAUCUUUUUACAACCUCACGUAUCUGAACCUUGAUCGGAUUUAUAAGAAUGGACAAUUAAAUCUGUCAACCUGGGCCUUCUCGAACCUGACUAAGUUAAACGUUUUGAGGAUUUCUGAUGUUUCACUUUACGAGGUACCCAAACAUCUCCCAGCCAGCCUGACACAAAUUUACUUGGAUAGUAAUAAAAUCAUCAAUGUCAGUCAAAGUAGCUUCUCUGGCAUGGCAAAUGUGGCUACAAUAUCCCUUUCCAAAAACUGUUUCAGUGGAAACCCAUGUAACAGGACAUUCAGAGUUGAAAACAACGCCUUUUCAAACUUGACCAAUCUGCAAAGACUAAUCCUGUCCUACAACAACAUAACAGAGGUGCCACAUGGUCUGCCCCCUUCUCUUACAGAGCUUGAUCUUGCUUCAAACAGAAUUGAAUUCAUUUUCAAAAAUGAUUUUGUCAACUUGGUCACCUUGAAGAUUCAAGGAAACUGUCCACGAUGCCUUAACGCGCCAUACCGCUGUGUCCCAUGCAAACGUGGAUCGAUUAUAAUUCACCCCCAAGCAUUUAGGACUCUGUCUAAAUUGAAUGUGUUGCAGCUAGCAGGGAACUCUCUUCUCACCCUGAGUGAGUCUUGGUUUGAGAAUCUGCGUAAUCUUACUAAUCUUUUCCUCUCCUUCAAUUUUCUGGCACAUACAAUUGCUGAGGGGAGCUUCUUGGUGAAUUUAACGUCCCUGAAAAAACUUGAUUUGUCAUAUAACUUUGAGUUACACAGUUAUCCAAAGACACUGAAUCUAUCAAAACACUUCUCAAAGUUGGCUUCCCUGCACACGUUACAUAUUGAAGGUUAUGUUUUUCAAGAAAUUAAGGACAAAACCUUUGAACCACUGCAGAAUUUAGCAUACCUUUCUGUACUGAAUCUAGGAGUGAAUUUCAUCAUGUUAUCUGAGUCCCAGGCAUUUACAAGCUUGCCUAAGUUAAAACUUCUAUACCUUUCAGAGAAUAGGCUCCAUCCAAUAUCUGUAGGCAAUGCUAUUUCGUCAAAUGGUGCCAUGUCAUCAAAUGUCUUCGUACCUAGAGAUUACAUAAGGGAGGAAGAUUAUAGUUUUGAACUGUCACAUGGCUAUAUUAAGACUGAGUGUUACAAGACAGGACGGGUCCUUGAUCUUAGCAGAAACAAUCUGUUCUUCCUGUUGUCUAAACAGUUUGAAAGGUUUGGUGAUGUCCUGUGCCUCAAUCUAUCAAGAAAUGGCUUUUCAGCUGCACUGAAUGGUACUGAAUUCACCUACCUACCAAACCUGACUUACCUGGACCUGUCAUAUAAUAAGGUGGACUUGGCAUAUGAAUUUGCGUUCUCUGAGUUAAAGCACUUGGAGGUCUUGGACCUCAGUUAUAAUACCCAUUAUUUUCUGGUGGCCGGAGUGACAAAAAGUUUUACAUUUUUGGAAAAUCUUUCCACGUUAAGAGUUUUGAAUCUGAGUGGAAAUGCCAUUUUCAGUUUGACAACUAAAGAGCUGAACAGCUCAUCUCUAAAUGAGCUGCAAUUCAACCAUAAUCGAUUAAAUCUUAUGUGGAAAGAUAAUGAUAAUACCUACUUUAAAUUGUUUAAAAACCUUCUGAAUUUGACCCACCUUGAUCUGUCAUAUAAUGAUAUUGUGAAGAUACCCCAUGGGGUUUUUGAAAACUUGCCACCUAACAUAACAAGACUGUACAUAAAUCAUAACAGGCUCAAUAUUUUUCAUUGGAGUGACCUCCGUUACCUGCAACAUCUCCAAGACUUAGAUUUGAGUCAUAAUGAUCUGACUUCUGUCUCUUCAAAACUUUCAAAAUACAUUCCAGCUUUGACCGUCCUUGACUUGAGUUUCAACAAAAUAUCAACAUUGUCCGACGGAUUUGUAAAUGGCGCUAAGAGUUUACAAGAACUUAGUCUGAUGAAAAACAAGAUUAGUAUACUCAGUAGCAAAACGUUCCCAUCCGGCCAAAAUAUUUCUUUGAAAACCCUGCAACUGUCAGGAAAUCCCUUUCAGUGCACAUGUGAUGGAGGACUAUUAGAUUUCAUUUUGUGGAUAGAAAACAGCACCAUCAACAUUCCCAGACUAGCCACCAGUGUAACCUGUCCAGCACAAAAUGGAGAGAAACAACACAAGUCAAUCAUAUAUUUUGAUAAAGAUGAUUGCAACAACAGUUUAGCAUUAGUCCUAUACACAGUGUCCACCGUCCUUAUUCUCCUGACUUUAUUCACAUCUACCACUAUGCAUUUGUUUUACUGGGAUGCCUCCUACGUUUGGUACUACAUCAGCGCAAAACUCUGGGGUUAUCGCACGCUUCAAUCAUCCGACGCAAUAUAUGAUGCCUUUGUUUCAUAUGACACCAAGGACCCUCUGGUUUCGGACUGGGUUUGGAACCACCUCCGGGUGCAGCUUGAGGAGGCAGGUGACAAACUCACCCCCAUCUGUCUGGAGGAGCGCGACUGGACCCCGGGCCUACCGGUUCUGGACAACCUAACCCAAAGCAUCUACCAGAGCCGCAAGACAGUGUUUGUGCUGACGGAGUCUUAUGUGAGGAGCGGAAACUUCCGCAUGGCUGUGUACCUGGCUCACCAGAGGCUGCUGGAUGACAACGUGGACGUGAUCGUGCUCCUGCUCCUCGACCCCGUUCUGCAGCAGUCCCACUUCAUGCGGCUGAGGAGGAGACUGUGCCAGAAGAGCAUUCUACAAUGGCCCACCAACCCCUCAGCCGAGCCUUGGUUCUGGCAGUGCCUGCGAAACACAAUUCAUGUGGACAACAAGAUUAUGUACAGCAAGGUGUAUGCACGAUACUUUAGUGACAAAGCCAUUGGAGGAAAGAACACAGCAAUCAUGUCUGACAAACCUAAUCUGGAGGAGGUCACCAGCUUUGACAAGACCAAGCUGAAGAAGACUGAGACGCAGGAGAAGAAUCCUCUGCCAUCUAAAGAAACCAUCGAACAGGAGAAAGCGGCAUCGUCAUGAGCUCCUGGCCUCCACUUUAUGCACUGUACAUUCCACAAGCAUUGCCUUUUUCACCACUUUUUGCUCUUUAACUUUGUAAUGGAAACGUGAGUUUGCAUUGUGAUUGGAUUGGACACAUGCAGAUGACUGUAGGCCUACAGCUCCCCAUAUGCCUGACCCCUAAGCCCCUUUAAACUGCGAAGGAGAAGGUUGCGAUUGCGCACCUAAAGAGCAGAGGUGCCACCAGUUUCGAUGUCUCUUCAGUCGCCAUCAACGUUGUGCUAUCUGUGUCCCCUUGUCUGCUUCUGGUCUCUAGAGGCAGUAAGGGGAGGGGCUAAAGUGUGGCUAACAUGUCCAGGGACCCAUGCUCUUAACAUCUGGAGUGUUGGUGGCUGAUAACAAAAAAUGCCAUCGAGUCAUGCAGUGUUGUUGGUUUUUUUUUUUUUUUGUAUAAGUUUAAAUAUUGGAAUGCACAAAAUUGUUUUGAUAUGCAAAAAUAAAUGAGUAAACCUGUA